AUGAUUAUUGUCUUAACGGGGUGGUAUUGGGGAGGUGACAGUGAAAAUGAAAGUGGCAGUGAUAGUGAUAGUGAUAGUGACAAUGACAUUAACAUUGACAAUGACAGUGACAGUGACAAUGACAGUGACAGUGAUAGCAACAGUGACAGUGAUAGUGACAGUGACAGUGAAAGCAAUAGUGACAGUGACAGUGAUAGUGACAAUGACAGUGAAAGUGACUGUGAAAGUGACAGUGGCAGUGACAGCAACAGUGACAGUGACAGUGAAAGCAAUAGUGACAGUGACAGUAACGGUGACAGUGAAAGUGACACUGACAGUGAAAGUAGCAGUGACAAUAACAUCAAAAUUUUUCUAUAA